AUGAGAACGGGGAGGAGGGGGGUGGGGGAGCGAGUCCAAGUUGGUCUGCCAAAACAGGGGACCGUCCGACCACCUCUUGUUCCUUCUGGCCCCUGCUUCGAGUUUCCUCCCCUUUUCCAGUGUUAUCUCUCCUCAAUCCAAACGAAACACCUGCAUUUAUGAUGAUACCAACAUUUGGUUUACAAUUCUCGCCGUCUGGAUCGAUCAAAAGCCUAUCUUUUGCCCUCUCUGUCUUCCUCCCAUUUCUAGAGGGAGAGCUCCUCUCUCCCCCCUCUCUCUCUUCUGUGGUUUGUUUCUCUGUCCUUGCAAGUGAAAAAGAUUUUUCCUUUCCUUAGUUUUUCUACUAGAUUUUGCCCACUUGCGAACAUUUACAUUGCAAAGAUCUCAACUUGGGGCCUUAAAAGUCCGAUCUUUCCAUUUGCAUCCGGGGACGCAGACUGCUGGGUUCAUCGUUGCUUCCGUGGGGAGGUUGAUGGCAUUGAUGAGAUGAAUCCAAUGUGUCGUCCGAUGGGUUGAUCGAAUCGGUAUACAAGUUCGAAUUUUCUUGUUUGGUACAGUCAGCAAUUUCGUCGGACUUCUCCUCGGUUCUUCUGUCAUCCGCUUCCAUGGAUGACGAUGGUGGAUUGGGCAUCCGGAACUGGGGGUAUUAUGAGCCGUCGUCGAAGGGAAACCUUGGACUGCGGCUCAUGUCUUCCAUUGUGGAGCAGGAUGCCAAGCCCCUUUUGUCGAAUGCUGGGUUCAUUCGUCGGCACUGCAGCAUUCCGGAGCCAACAGCUCCAGUGGACUUUAUGAGUGAUGGAUGGUUUCACCAUAGCAACGACAAUAGCAAGAAUGACUAUGUGAGAGACGGGUUGAUGCGCCAUAGCAAUAACAAUAGCAAGAAUCUCCACAUUUUGCCAACGAGCCACCAACACCACCCAACUUAUAGCGUGCUCCCUGAACCCCCCACCAUCGAGAACGUCCAGAUGCUGCAACAUCUGGAGCCGCAGCCCAAGGAUGACAAGGUUCCAAUGGCAGAUGAGACCGUAGUUAGAAAUGAGUCUCCUUUGAAGAAGACGCCCAGGGGUCGUGUGCAGAAACCCCCAAAGACGAAGAAGCCUAAGAAAGUCACUGCACCAAAAGAUGAGGUUGCCAAUGGUUCAGCCUCACAUGGGAAGUCUGGAAGGAAGAGCACAGGCAUGGUCAUUAACGGGAUCAAUUUUGACAUGUCGAGGAUUCCAACUCCAGUCUGCUCUUGUACAGGAAAGCAACAACAGUGCUACCGAUGGGGAAUUGGAGGGUGGCAGUCAGCGUGCUGCACCACCAGUGUGUCAAUAUAUCCCCUUCCGAUGAGCACGAAGAGGCGGGGGGCACGCAUUGCUGGCCGAAAAAUGAGUCAGGGUGCAUUUAAGAAGGUGCUGGAGAAGCUGGCUGGAGAAGGGUACAACCUUUCUAAUCCAAUUGACUUAAGGACAUUCUGGGCUAAGCAUGGUACCAACAAGUUUGUGACUAUCAGGAAAAACAUUGGUAGACCUUGCUGUGAAGAACUUGUGCUCAAACAUUUUUGCACUGUGUUCUGUUAUAUCGAGAAGCUUAACCUAUUUUGCUUUUAAAGCAGACUAUGAUUGGUUUCCAUAUCUACAGAUAUCUAUGUUUCUAGUAUUGGUUUUAUCUUCAGUUUUGACAGUGGUUUUAGCCAUUCUGGUUAAGAUCUUACUUGUUUUAACUAAUACAGAUUGGGGAUUAUCAGUUUUAAUAGAAAUAUAUAUUUGAAGUUCACUUCAUCGAAAUAAGUAAUGAUCAACGUAGCCAGUAUUUGUGGCACGAGCAGUCUUGUUUGAUCCAUACUGGUGGCCAUGAUUGUUUUGGUUGUAACGAUUGAUCCAGACUCAACCCAAAACCAGAACUCGGUGAGAGUUUCAGAUUACGAACAUCCUUGUCAAUUAAAAUAAGCAUGGCCUAUUCAAAUCGGCACUGUCUGCAUAUGGUUUGAAGUCACACACACACACACACACACACACAUAUAUAUAUAUAUAUAUGUAUAUGUAUAUGUAUAUGUAUAUAUGUAUAUA